GUCAUUGUAAAACCUCCAUCCCUAGUCUAAUGGAAAUCGGCUCGUGUAGAUUUUGAUUUGGAAAAAUCACCAAAUUGCGUGGAAAAGCACAAAUUGCUGGUCAAACUACAAAGCACAACACUAACAGAUACAGAUACCAACAAACUUGCAGCUAUGGCCGAUGAUUGGGAAUCCGCAGCGGACAGCGAAGUAGUUAUACGGCCGAAUGCCACCAAUAACAUAAACAAGUGGGAGGGAGAGGACGAUGACGAGGACGUCAAGGAGAGCUGGGAGGACGAGGAGGAGAAGAAGGACGAAGAGAAGCCCACAAAAGCAGAUGUGCCAGCCAAAACAAAGCCAAACAAGGCGCUGAAAGCCAAAUUGGAGGAACAAGCGAGGCUCGAAGAGGAGGAAGAGGCGAAACGAUUGGCCAACCUCACGCCCGAGGAGAAGCUGGCCGAGAAGCUGCGCCUCCAGAAAAUACAGGAGGAAUCUGACCUGAAACACGCCCUGGACGCAUUCGGGGUAACGAGUACAGGCAGUGGUGGCCUGGAUGCCUUCAAUCCGGAAAGCAAAGAGGAGUUCAAGGAGUUCGGAGCAGCCCUCAGCUGGAAGAUCGGCCAGUAUAAGGAGUCACCGCACUUUCCCCAGUUUGUUGAGGAUCUGGUGCGAGGUCUCUGCGUGAAUUUGAGUGCCACUGACAUCAAGAAGGUCAAGAUUAACGUGGAGACUCUCCACUCUGAAAAGCUCAAAAUGGAGAAGGCGAAUGCCAAGAAACCCGCUGGCAAGGGCAAGGGCAAGGCGACACUGCGUACAGAAAACGAUGACAUUGAUGGUUAUCAAAAGUAUGGCAAUGACUUCACCGACGACUACGACGACUUUAUGUGAAUAAGAUUAACCUACGUUUUACCCCCGCAUGUAUCUAAUUAUUGAACACAUAGUUGCUUGUUGAAGAGUUCUUGUUAGAGAUGAUGCUGAGCAGGAAUUUGAAUCCUUUGUUGAAUAUAUAGUAGAAGAACCUUUAUAAAUAUGUAUAUUGAACUAUAUAUGUAUACAUAACCUUACUGAACACAUCCAGAGUCAAGUCAGGCAAUCAGGAAACCUCAACGAACAAUUUCGAACACGCAAAUCCAACCGGCAAUGGAAUAUUUAGGUACAUUACUAUGAAACAAUUUAAAUUAUGGCUAACAAUCUGAAUACUUGUAUUCGGAUUGGCUUCUUGUGAAAUUCACUUUUUGUAUAAAGGAAUUAAACUACAUUGCGAUAUUAAACAGUA